CGCCUCGCCUCGGCCCCGUGCUCCGGGUUGCGCCGCCGGCCCCGCCCGCUACGCCAGCUCGGGGAUCGGGAGGAGCCCGCAGGCCGCGUUCCCCGGGACCGAGCCGGGCUGACAGAGGCCGCCCCACCCCCGCCGGGCCCGGCCUGCAGAGUUGUUCCUUGGAGUGUGUUCCUCACCUUCCCCAAUGUGAGUGCAUUGGGUCAACACGGACAAGGGCCUCCUGUUGUCUUCAAGACACUCUUUUGCUUCUGGUUUCCAUUUAGUUUAUCCAAAAAAAUUGAGAGAGGAUCUAAUGAAAAGCACUCCCUGCUGCUGAUACCUAGAGAGUGGGCUGGAUUCCCCACCCCCAGUUCAGGACCAGCUGCUGAGAAUCAGUAUCUUCUGAAUUGACCCCCUCGACCGAGAAGCUGAAGCUGUGUCUGCUAAAACCCCAUUUCUUUUUCCCAAGCAUGUCAGAAAGCUGGCAGCAGCAGCAACAACAGCAGCAGCAACCACAACCGCAACAGCAACAACAUCACGCCGGGACAGCAGCUCUCACAGAGCACUCGAUCCCUUCGAGCACAGCUGAGAACCCUUUGGGUUGUGCUGUCUACGGCAUCCUGCUCCAACCAGACCCCAAUCCGCAGCAUCACCAGCCCCCCCCGAUCCAGGCUGGAGAGCCGUCCCACAAAUGCGGCGUGUGCGGCCACGACCUUACUCACCUGUCCAACCCACAUGAGCACCAGUGUCUGCCAGGGCACGACCGCUCCUUCCAGUGCACUCAGUGUCUGAAGAUCUUCCACCAGGCUACUGACCUGCUUGAGCACCAGUGCAUCCAGGUAGAACAGAAGCCCUUCGUGUGUGGGGUCUGCAAGAUGGGCUUCUCCCUGCUGACCUCCCUAGCCCAGCACCACAACGUCCACAACGGCAGCGCCAUGAAGUGCUCCAUCUGCGAGAAGACCUACAAGCCGCCCGAGGCGGAGCACUCCCAGGCCCUCGACUCGUUGGAGAAGCCCUACAGCUGCUCCAUUUGCCAGAAGACCUUCAAGCACCUGUCGGAGCUCUCGCGGCACGAGCGCAUCCACACCGGCGAGAAACCUUACAAGUGCACCCUGUGCGACAAGAGCUUCAGUCAGUCAUCGCACCUGGUGCACCACAAGCGGACGCACAGCUCGGAGCGGCCGUACAAGUGCACGGUGUGCGAGAAGACCUUCAAGCACCGCUCGCACCUGGUGCGCCACAUGUACGCCCACUCGGGCGAGCACCUCUUCAAGUGCAGUGUCUGCGAGCUGCACUUCAAGGAGUCGUCCGAGCUGCUGCACCACCAGUGCACGCCCAGUGGGGAGCGCCCCUUCCGCUGCGGCGAGUGCCACAAGUCCUUCAAGCGCCCCUCGGACCUGCGGCAGCACGAGCGCACGCACAGCGAGGAGCGCCCCUUCAAGUGCGACCUGUGCCAAAUGAGCUUCAAGCAGCAGUAUGCGCUCAUGCGCCACCGCCGCACCCACAAGGUGGAGGAGCCCUUCAAGUGCAACCUGUGCGAGAAGGGCUUCGUGCAACCCUCGCACCUGGUCUAUCACCAGCACGUGCACGGCAUAGAGAACCUGUUCAAGUGCAACGUGUGUCAGAAGGGCUUCAACCAGUCCUCGGAGCUGCUGCGGCACAAGUGCGUGCAGAAUGCCGAGCGGCCCUUCAAGUGCACCGUGUGCAACAAGUCCUACAAGAGGUCCUCGGCCCUGCAGAAGCACCAGCUGUCGCACUGCGCUGAGAAGCCACUCAAGUGCACGCUGUGCGAGAGACGCUUCUUCUCCUCCUCAGAGUUCGUGCAGCACCGCUGCGACCCGGUGCGCGAGAAACCCCUCAAGUGCCCGGACUGCGAGAAGCGGUUCAAAUACGCCUCCGACCUGCAGCGGCACCGGCGCGUGCACACGGGCGAGAAGCCUUACAAGUGCCCGUCGUGCGAGAAGGCCUUCAAGCAGCGUGAGCACCUCAACAAGCACCACAGCGUGCAUGCCCGGGAGCAGCAGUACAAGUGCAUGUGGUGUGGGGAGAGGUUCCUGGACUUGGGCUUGCUGCAGGAACACAGCGUCCAGCACACCGCCGAGGGGGCGUACCAGGUGGCGGCCUGCUUGCCGUGAGCCUCCUCGGCAGGCUUCAGCGUGCAUGCAGACCUCUCAACCGCCCUCUUCCCUUCCCUGAUCGUACAGGACCGAUACCCGUACCUAGGUGGGGCAACGGGAGAUGGGCUGCUGGCCUGGUGACAGUGCUCUGGCCUCUUUGUUCUGUUCCACCUGUAUUAGUGUCUUACUGAUCUGACGGACAAUAUGUGAAGAGUCCAGGGGGGUGGAGGAGAAGGGAAGGAAAUAGUGAAAGCAAAUCAAAUACCUGCUUGUCCUUUUCUGGAUUGUAGUUCACACUGCACCUGCAGUUCAAAGAGAUGUGAGUUUGCAGGUCUCUGCUCAGCUGCCCCCGGGGACUGUAGCCCUUUACACCCCCCCCCUAGUAACGAGGUUCCCUGAGAGAGCCGGCUGACUGUCCCUGGCCUUCAGAGAGGCUCAGGAACAAUCCAGACCCAGGCACGACUCUCUCCCCAGGCAUAGCUGCAUUUUCUGCAGUGAAACAGCAGGCUUCCAGUUUGGGAGCCUUCCUGCUUGUUAAUCCAAAUACAGUUACGUUGCUUGAAGGCAGUUUUGAGUCAGUAGCACUGGUUGACCAAAUGGUCCUUGGAGCUCCCCAGACCUACUUCUCACUAGAGUGAGCAGAAGGGAACAGCAUCAGGACUGCUGUGCUCCAGAUGUACCGAGUCCUUUGCUAGCUGUAGAAGUCUGCAAAGGUUCCUUUCCCUCUCACCUGACCCCCAGGAGCUCUGGUGCAGUCGAAGGGUUACAAGGGUGCUGCACGGUAUCUGGAGCCAACACAAGCCCUUCUCUCGUCGUGCUACUCAGCGAUGCACUUGGACGGGGCAUACGAUCCCAGCCUCAGGGGCCUCCGUGCCGAAAUAGAGAGAGGUCUCUGAGUGGGAUCAGCAGUAAAACACUAAGGGGUGGGGGAAACACUACUAUUAAAAUACAACUUGAAAAAAAAAAUCAGCAAAAGAGAAGUUUGUUUAGAAAUGAGUUUGAGGAUUUGGGAUCCUAAUUGAGAGGUAGGAGCCUGUAACCCACGUUCAAAUUCUGUGGCAUUAAAUUGUGAUCGUAUGGGGCAUGACCUCUUUAUUCUGAUCAGACAGUGAGUAGGGGAGAAUUAAUUCUCCCCAAGAAGCCAAUUACACAGGAAAGGGCAGGUUAGCAGAGGGUCAGGGAUGAAUGUUUUCCUUCCUGGGAGUCCCUGUGGACCCCUCUUGUUGGUCCCUUAUCCCACCUGUAUCCUUCAUGGGAAUUGCAUCUUUAUAUUGCAAUUAGGAACCAUUU